CGCAUCUGCGCGCGAAAAAAGAAGGAAAGUUCGGUGUGGCAUUCGUGAGAUCGUACGACGACGAUUCGAGUAACACGGUGCUGUAGCUUCGAGGAUCUCGAGUCUCUUUAUCGUAUUGAUAACGUGUGAAUUUGAUUAUUUAUAAUAAGCACGAACAAGUGAGUUCUUCCGAAUUUGCGCGCGACGUUUGAGGAGCUCGAUAAUCGCGAUUCUUACACGUUCGGAAUCGAAGUUGUUCUUUUGCGCGACGAUUCCACGAGAUUACUGUCUUCCAGAUUGUUACUGAAAUGUCAAUUUCUUAAUUCUCGAAUCAUGCAAACCGUGGAGAAACGAAGCGUUAGUCGCGUCGCGGCGGAGUUUCGUCGCUGUCGGGAGAGCGACGACGUGCACAUCUCAGGAACGUCACUCGAUCUCUCUCGUUGAGAUUGCGAAAUCGGAGCGACGUUACGAUGCGAUGCACGAAGAGUUUUGCAACGACGUAGCCUGGAGCGCAAUUAGGCAACGGAGAGCGAGCUGCUGGCCGUUCCAGAGUGAGUUCGCCAAACGUUUCUUGUCGUUGUUCUGCUUCGUACUCGAGAUAAGUUACUUGCCGUUCGAGAUAUUUACGUUGUACAAGCACAGAAACAACGGACAGAUGAUCUUCGAGUGCUGCUAUCAGAUGAUCAUAACUUCCGCUUUUCUCGUCAAGUUACUGAAUCAGCUCUGGAACCGCGACAAGUUUCGCCGUUUGUAUGAGAUCAUGGAGGGCCACUGGAACAUAUUCUCGAACGAUUUAGAAGGCCAGACCCUAAAAGAAUACUCAUCCAUAGCGUACAAAUUUACAGUAUUUUACGCAAUACUUAUAUAUUCUAUGACGGCGAUGUUUGUGACGAUACCUGUCCUGAUGCCGACAUUGCUCGACAUCUUAUUGCCUCUCAACGAGUCGCGUUCGCGACAAAUCGCAGUCUUCGCCGAAUUCGGAGUCGACAAGGACAAGUACUUCUUCCCGAUCUUUUUUUACACCACGGUGAUGAUCAUAAAUGGUAUUAGCAUCAUGGUGGCUGCCGACACCAUGCACGUGGCGUGCACUGCACACGCGUGCAGCCUGUUUCAACUAAUCGGUCAUCAAAUCGAAAACAUAACGUCGCGCGUGAAAGCCAUAGACGAGGUCGACGUGUCGUCGUCUUACGAUGCAGUUGUGAAGUUCGAGUCUUUUCAAGAGGAACUGAUAUAUCAGGAAUACAUUGUGUGUCUGAAGAAACAUCAGCUUGCUGUAGAGUUUGUCAACAUAUUGAACGACACGCAUCGGAUCGUUGCGUUUAGCUUCUCUUUAUUGAUCGGCGCGGCUUUCAGUCUUGUGGGCAUUCGAACCACUCAAAUGUAUAGCACUUACAAUGUAUUACAGAUCGUUUAUGUGUUAGACCAGCUGGAAGAAAUAAUUAGAUAUGCCGCGGAAUGGUACAGGUUCUCACUGAGACUGAAAUCAUUGUUAAUUAUCACGCUUUACCGAAGUAUCGUACCAUGUAAAUUGACAGCGGGUAAUUUAUAUCCUUUGUCAAUGACAAUAGCUGCUGCGGUAAUACGAACGGGCAUGUCUUACUUCACGGCAUUUUUAUCACUGAAAGAAUAGUCGAAGUAAUAUUAGUCUGAAAAUCUAAACUGCUAGCCAACUCUUCUCCAACACGUUUUCGUGAUUGAUGAUCGAUUCGGCGUAGGACAAAAAUCUUAAGAUCGCCAUGAACUCUGUAAGGUGUAACCCUGUGAAACUAAAAGGAGAGCUUACGAAGUACAGUGUUCUAUUCAAUAAAAAAAUCAUAUUUAUCAUUAUUAAAUACACAGUUUCCUAAUGAUAUCAGCUGAUGAGACUACAAUCAAUGUCACAGCAUUUUUGUAGGUAGAGCAUUUUUAAUGUUAGCCUCUUAAAACAGAAGAAAUAUCACAACGAUGUUAAACUGCGUUCCGAGUAUCUCAUCUACUAGAACAUGGUUGUAAGGUUGCGUAUACACGCAAAAAAAAUCUCAAUUGGUGCCAACUGAACUGAAAAUUAGAUGAUCAGAAGCGAUAUCUCAGUUAUGAAAAUUAAUAUUUCUGUUGUCGCAACCGAAAAUAUUCGUCUAAAC